AUAUUAUCGAAGGCUGUCGUCCAGAAAUUUUAACUAAUACACCGUCACAAUUUGUUGAAUUAAUGGAAAAAUGUUGGAAUGCAGAUCCAUCAAAAAGACCAACUGCAGAUGAAUUAUUAAAUGAAAUUAGUUACAAAUAUGAAAAGUCUCUUAAAUUUCCUGAGAUUUCACAUAUCCAAAUAAUUAGUGAACAGCACGAGCAAGCGAUCUAUACAAGUCGUCCACUGAAAUGUUUGAUCAAAACUGCAUUAAAUUCACUCAAUAAAAGGGAUCGAGAAGCACUCACUUCGUUAAAUACUAAUUCACUAAGAACUUCUACAUAUGAUUCUCAAGAAAUUUUAUUAGAUAUUAUGAAUGAUGAAGCGUAA